CAUCUGAAGUGGGCGUGGCCUCGCCUGUCUUCCGGGGGCGUGUCGAAUCGAUCAGGACGAUCAGUUUUCGCAGAGCGGCAUCCAGAAUCAAUCGGUUCGAGAUGAGCGUUGUUUCUGGUUUCGGUAAAGCGCUGGUCAUCAUCACCGGAGCGUCUAAAGGCUUCGGCCGGGCUCUGGCUCUGUCCGUAGCGCCUCGUCUGGCAGCGGGCUCGGUUCUGAUCCUCGCGGCCCGAUCGGACGACAGACUGCAGGAGCUGAAGCGGGAUCUGUGCCGCGGGGAGUCCGGACUGACGGUCCGCUGUGUGGCGGCUGAUUUAGGGUGUAAAGCGGGUGUAGAGAAAGUCCUCACCGAGACCAGAGACACCGAUCCGGACAUCGAUCAUCUGCUGCUCUUCAAUAACGCAGCUUCUCUCGGGGACGUGUCGCGGUACUGCCGUGACUUCACGGAUGUGGACGAGGUGAACUCGUACCUGUCUCUGAACGUGAGCUCGGCGCUCUGUCUGACGGCUGGAGUCCUGCGCUCGGUGCCGCGGCGCGCCGGUCUGACGCGCGUCAUCGUCAACAUCAGCUCGCUGUGCGCGCUCCGGCCCUUCCCGUCCUGGGUCCUGUACUGCAGCGGGAAAGCGGCCCGGGACAUGAUGUUCCGCGUGCUGGCGGAGGAAGAGCCGGAUCUCAGAGUCCUGAACUAUGCGCCAGGGCCUCUGGACACGGACAUGCAGCUGCAGGCGAGGAGCAGCUCUGCGGACGACAGUCUGAGGAACACGUUCAGCGUCAUGCACGCUCACGGUCAGCUGCUCACCUGUGACCAGUCCAUCAGCAAACUCAUGACGGUGCUGCUGGACGACAAAUACCCCUCAGGAGCCCAUCUGGACUAUUAUGACUUAUAGGGUUUGUGCCUUAAAGUCGGCAUUGAAGAGAAGUUACACUAGUCAUUUCUUCCCUAUUGUGCCGUAAAUCAGAGUAAAACAGCUUCUCAAACAAGAACAAAUGUAGGGCGGGGCUUGAUUUUGUCAGUAGGGAAUUGAUUGAAUGGUUGUGGUUUGCUAUUGGUGGAUCUC